CCUGCGGAGUCUGGGUGGUGCUCUCCUGCGGAGUCUGGGUGGCGGACAGGGUCGGACCGAUUCCCGGAAUCUCCCACGUGACUCUGAGCCACGGAUCACUGGAUGCCCCAGAUUCCCGGGACCCAAUUCCCGAUUUCAGAUCCUCACGACCUUCCAAGUAAGAGACUGCAUUUCGCCCUGGACUCCAGAUUUUGGAAACGGGACCUCUGGCGGGACUUUGGAUCUCCAGAUCCCAUAGGAGAUUCCCGGUCCCAAUCGGAUUCCCGGUCUCGAGAUCCCGGACACAUCGCCCCUGGCUCCUGUCCCGCCCCGGGUACCCAGAGCACGCCCGACGCCCGAGCGCCCCCGCAUGGCGGGGCAGUGCCCGCGGCCCGAGGCCCUUGAGCGCGCCGGCAGCUGUUGGCAGGACCCUCUGGCCGAGGCGCUGAGUCGGGGCCGGUCGAACGCAGCGCCCCCCAGCCGGGGCUGCGCGCGAAGCCGGCCUCUCAGUGUAGUCUAUGUGCUAACCCGGGAGCCGCAGCCCGGGGUGGAGCGCGAGCGAGGAGCCGAGGCGGAGCCGCUGCCGCUUCGCUGCUUGCGCGAGGCUUGCGCGCAGCUCCCCGGGUCACGGCCGCGGCCGCAGCUGCGCAGCCUGCCCUUUGGGACGCUGGCGCUGGGAGAUACAGCAGCGCUGGAUUCCUUCUACAACGCCGACGUGGUGGUACUGGAGGUGAGCAACUCCCUGGCACAGCCUUCCCUGUUCUACCACCUUGGUGUGCGUGAGAGCUUCAGCAUGACGAACAACGUGCUGCUCUGCUCCCAGGCUGACAUCCCUGACCUGCAGGCCCUUCGGGAGGACAUUUUCCAGAAGAACUCUGAUUGUGUUGGCAGCUACACGCUGAUCCCCUAUGUCGUGACAGCCACUGGUCGAGUGCUGUGUGGUGAUGUAGGCCUCCUGAGAGGCCUGGCAGAUGGGCUAGUCCAGCCUGGAGUGGGCACUGAGGCCCUGCUCACACCCCUGGUGGGCCGACUUGCCCGCCUGCUGGAGGCCACGCCCACAGACUCUUGUGGCUAUUUCCGGGAGACCAUUCGGCAGGACAUCCGGCAGGCCCGGGAGCGGUUCAGCGGGCAGCAGCUGCGGCAGGAGCUGGCUCGCCUGCAGCGGAGUCUGGACAGUGUGGAGCUGCUGAGCCCUGACAUCAUCAUGAACUUGCUGCUUUCCUACCGUGAUGUGCAGGACUAUUCAGCCAUCAUUGAACUGGUGGAGACGCUGCAGGCCUUGCCCACCUGUGAUGUGGCUGAGCAGCACAAUGUCUGCUUCCACUAUACAUUUGCCCUUAACCGGAGGAAUAGGCCUGGGGACCGGGAGAAGGCAUUGUCUGUGCUGCUGCCACUGGUACAGUGUAAGGGCUCUGUGGCACCUGACCUAUACUGCAUGUGUGGCCGUGUCUACAAGGACAUGUUCUUCAGCUCUGGCUUCCAGGAGGCUGGGCACCGAGAGCAGGCCUAUCACUGGUAUCGGAAGGCUUUUGAUGUCGAGCCCAGCCUCCACUCAGGCAUCAACGCUGCUGUGCUCCUCAUUGCUGCUGGGCAGCGCUUUGAGGACUCCAAUGAGCUCCAGCUCAUCGGUAUGAAGCUGGGCUGCCUGCUGGCCCGAAAAGGCUGUGUGGAAAAGAUGCAAUAUUACUGGGAUGUCGGUUUCUACCUGGGAGCUCAUAUCCUUGCUAAUGACCCCAUCCAGGUGGCACUGGCUGCAGAGAAGCUAUACAAGCUCAAUGCCCCCAUAUGGUACCUGGUGUCCAUGAUGGAAACCUUCCUGCUGUACCAGCACUUCAGACCCACACCAGAGCCCCUUGGAGGGGCCCCACGCCGUGCCCACUUCUGGCUCCACUUCUUACUACAGUCCUGCGGGCUGCUCAAAACUGCCAGUUCCCAAGGGGACCAGUGUUUGGUCCUGGUUCUGGAGAUGAACCAAGUGCUGCUGCCCGCAAGGCUGGAGGUUCAGGGUAUAAACCCAGUGAACGCAGUGACCCUGAGCCUGCUGGAGCCUGAGGCCCAGGACGGUCCCUCCAGCUGGACCUUCUCAGUCUCCUCCAUCUGCCGUGUCAGCACCUCCAAACAGGACGAACGCUGCUGCUUCCUCUACGGGCUUCCCCCGGCUCAGGACAUCCAGCUGUGCUUCCCCAGCGUAGGGCACUGCCAGUGGUUCUGUGGCCUGAUCCAGGCCUUGGUGACAAAUCCGGAUUCCAGGGCACCAGCGGAGGAGGCAGAGGGCGUGGGUGAGGUGCUGGAGUUUGAUUACGAGUACACGGAGACCGGAGAGAGAUUGGUACUGGGCAAGGGCACGUACGGGGUCGUGUACGCAGGCCGGGACCGGCACACGCGGGUACGCAUCGCCAUCAAGGAGAUCCCGGAACGUGACAGCAGGUUCUCUCAGCCCCUUCAUGAAGAGAUCGCUCUGCACAAACGCCUGCGCCACAAGAAUAUCGUGCGUUAUCUGGGUUCAGCCAGCCAGGGAGGCUACCUCAAGAUCUUCAUGGAGGAAGUGCCUGGAGGCAGCCUGUCCUCCUUGCUGCGGUCAGUGUGGGGACCCCUGCAGGACAACGAGAGCACCAUCAGUUUCUACACUCGACAGAUCCUGCAGGGACUCAGCUACCUACAUGACAACCGAAUUGUGCAUCGUGACAUCAAGGGGGACAACGUGCUGAUCAACACCUUCAGUGGGCUACUCAAGAUUUCUGACUUUGGUACCUCCAAGCGGCUGGCAGGCAUCACGCCUUGCACUGAGACCUUCACAGGGACCCUACAGUACAUGGCUCCAGAAAUCAUUGACCAGGGUCCACGAGGGUAUGGAAAGGCGGCUGACAUCUGGUCAUUGGGCUGCACUGUAAUUGAGAUGGCCACAGGUCGCCCACCCUUCCACGAGCUAGGGAACCCGCAGGCUGCCAUGUUUAAGGUGGGCAUGUACAAGGUACAUCCACCAAUGCCCAGUUCUCUGUCAGCUGAGGCCCAAGCCUUCCUCCUGCGAACUUUUGAGCCAGAUCCUCGCCUCCGAGCCAGUGCGCAAGCACUGCUUGGGGACCCCUUCCUGCAGCCUGGGAAGAGGAGCCGAAGCCCAGGCUCCCCCCGCCAUGCUCCACAGCCUUCAGAUGCCCCUUCAGCCAGCCCUCCUCUUUCCGCCGAUUCAACCACGCAGUCCCAGACAUUCCCACGCCCUCAGGCACCUUCUCAACACCCUCCCAGUCUCACGAAGCGCUGCCUCAGUUAUGGGGACACCAGCCACCUCCGGGUGCCUGAGGAGCCUGGGGCCGAGGAGCCCGCGUCCCCAGAGGAGAGUUCGGGGUUGAGCCUGCUGCAUCAAGAGAGCAAGCGCCGGGCCAUGCUGGCCGCAGUGCUGAAGCAAGAGCUGCCCGCGCUGGUGGAGAAUUUGAGCCUGGAGCAAGAACAGGGUCCCCACCUGGGCAGGAAUCUUGUAGAACAGCUACUGCGCUGCCUCGGGGCGCACAUCCACACUCCCAACCGCCGGCAGCUGGCCCAGGAGCUGCGGACACUGCAUGAGAAGCUGCGAGCCCAGGGCCUUGAGCCUGCGUGUCUGCAUGGAUGGCUCUUUGCCUUCCCUGGUGCGGUGAAGCAGAUUCUCCGCAGGCGCCAGAUCCGCCCACACUGGAUGUUCGUGCUAGACUCUCUGCUCAGCCGAGCUGUAGAGGUAGCCCUGGCAGUGCUGAGCCCAGAAGUGAAGAAAGAUGCAGUCCCACUGAGGUCAGAAGAAUCCAGUAAAGAGGAGGCCCCGCAGAAGCAGCAGGAGACCGCAGUUCAACAGAGCCUGCUCCCAAGGGAACCUGAGCAGGGCCCCCAACGUCUGAUGGUGCAGCUGGGCCUCUUGCGAGCAGAGACUGAUAGGCUGCGAGAUAUUCUGGCUGGGAAGGAACGGGAGUGCCAGGCCCUGGUGCAACAAGCUCUACAGCGGGUGAAUGAGAAGGCCAGGACCUGUUCCCUGGCCUCAGAACCCCCAGCAGCUCGAACAGUGGACCAGGGCCUGGUGCAGUGGCUACAGGAACUGAACGUGGAUUCAGGCACGAUCCAGACACUGCUGAACCACAGCUUCGCCCUCCAUUCCCUACUGACUUGUGCCACCAGAGAUGACCUCACCUACACCCGCAUCAGGGGAGGGAUGGUAUGCCGCAUCUGGAGAGCCAUCUUGGCACAGCGAGCAGGAUCCACGGCUGUUACCCCUGGCCCCCAGGAGGCUGAAGGAGGGCAUCAGAGGCAAGAGGCCAGAACCAAGGAUGGGUGAAUGCAGAAGACAAGCAACUUAUGAAACACCCACCCCAGGACCCAGGGGCAACUGGAGGAGGACGAGGACAGGGUGCG